AAUGCUACGCACAGUUUUUUACAAUUCUGAUGUAAAUAAACGAAUGACAGAGCCGCUGGUGAUAGUGAAUUUGCUACAAAUAUAGAUAUAUAAUCGAAAGGGAAUCACGGAAUUAAUCGGCUGUGUAUUUAAGGCUGUUGUAGCUACGUUGAUGUCAUUCUUACCCGCCAGUUUGCAGCCAUCCACCAGAGUCGGACUGUGUCCUGCCACACAGGUAGCUUGUGGCCAAUGCCGCAAGAUCUGCCCACCGAGAGAAGUGGACGGUCAACCUCAGGAAGAACCAGAAAGUUGGCGUCAACAGACCUCUGUCUCCACGUGGCUAUUGUUCUGAAACUGGUGUGCCUGUGGGUUUAUCAGUGAAAAGUGUCAUGUCAGAGUUAAAUAAGGAAGUGGUGGAUUUGGUUUGGGGGAGACCCUCCAGUGGAGGAGUGUCUGCUUCAAUCUUUCGUAGAUGGACCCAAGGAUUUGUUUUCUGUGACAAUGAGCAUACAGCACUGGAGCAAUUUGAAGGAGGUCCGUGUGCUGUCAUUGCACCUGUUCAGGCUUUCCUCUUGAAGAACAUUCUAUUUAACAGAGAAAGUCCCAACUGGAGACAAAUGUCAGAAGAGGAGCAGAAAACAGCACUGUGUUCCACGCUGAGUGAAAUCUUGGAGUCUGCCUGCUCUAGUCCCUCCACAGGCUUCUGCUUAGUAACCUGGGCCAAGGGCCAGAGCCCACAUACUAGCACACAUACUAAUGCACAGACACAGUCACACCCACAGGAUGUGCCAGAGCCAGAGAGCAGCCAGAGAUCACAGGAUCAGCAACCCUCUGCUUUGGCUGCCGAGGAACUUGACUUUGAGCGAUUUCACAGUGUUCUCCACAAACGGACCGUCAUGUCAGUUUCUGAUCUCAGAGAGGAGGUGCUGUCUUUCUACCACACCUGGAGGGGGUGCUGUGGAGUCUUGCUUUUCCUCUACUCUGUCAUCCUGACCAAGGGAAUAGAGAAUAUACGAAAUGAGAUCCAGGACACGAUGGAGCCUCUUAUAGAUCCUGUGCAUGGCCAUGGCAGUCAAAGCCUUGUAAAUCUUCUUGUAACUGGCCAUGCUGUGUCCAAUGUCUGGGAUGGUGACAGAGAGUGCUCUGGCAUGAAACUUCACGGUAUUCACAAACAGGCGUCGGUUGGCUUCCUUACUCUUAUGGAAUCACUACGCUACUGCAAGGUCGGGGCAUUCCUCAAAUCUCCCAAGUUCCCUAUUUGGAUCCUUGGCAGUGAAACCCACCUCUCCGUGUUUUUCACCAAGGAGAUGUCUUUGGUCGGCCCAGAGUCUCCAUCUGAACAAGCAAGGAGGGUCUUUCAGUCAUUUGAUCCUGAAGAUAAUGGCUUCAUCCCAGAGUCUUUGCUGGAGGACGUGAUGAAAGCCCUUGACCUUGUCUCUGAGCCUGAGUAUGUCAGUCUGGUGAAGAGUAAACUGGAUCCAGAGAGUUUGGGAAUAAUUCUACUGGGCCCAUUCCUUUUGGAGUUCUUCCCUGACCAGGAUUCAGGAAUCCCAGACUCAUUUCCCGUCUACCACUACAAUGGACUUAAACAGUCCAACCACAACGAGAGGGUGGAAUAUGUGGAAGGGACAGCUUUGGUGCUAGGUUUCGAGGACCCCAUGGUUCGGACAGACGACACCCCAGUCAAGCGCUGCCUACAGACCAAGUGGCCCUACAUCGAGCUGCUGUGGACCACUGACCGCUCCCCAUCUCUAAACUAGUACUGACACAGUCUAUGGGAGGACCACUGCACGCUGACCCUAAACCGGUUAGCAGAUUAACAAGACUGAGACGAACACACAUACAACACUGAUGAAUGAGAAUGAAGAAAACACAAAUGUACACAAGAGACUGUGACCAACACAUUCAUGAUCUAAACAUGACGCAUUGUUGCAUCUUCACUUACACAUUCCACAUGAAUACAAACCUCACCCUGACAGUCCAUGCUAUUGUCUGUUCACCAUCGCUUGUACUCUGACACCAAGGAUGUUUAUGAUGCGACUACUUAAGAAAUCCGAAUGACUGUUUAUUUUUACAGCUCUGCUCCGUGUUGACACCUCUGCUACAGUUUAGCGCUAAACAGCUAGUAAGUGUUUAGAGAGCAAAAUGGUUCGUGUGCGUCCCCAGAUCAUGUACCGAACUGCAUGUACAGCCAGUCGACUGUGAGACACUACUGUUAUUCAGCUACAGGACUGUUUAAGGGAAAAUCUACCAAAGCCUUCCACAUAUGAGAACACACACUGUCACAUCCACAUUAAGCGUUUACAGCGUAAAGGGACCAACCUGCACGCGGAGAGAACUGGAGAUCUGGACCGGAGGCUUCUUCAGUGUUUUCACCCAGAUGUUUAAUUUCAAGCUGUUUCAGGUGCUUUGUAUGUGUGUGUGUGUGUAUGUGUGUGUACCACAUACACCACACUAGGAUGUUGGCCAAGCAGUUAUGUAUUUAUUAUCACACUCAAAGGUUCUGGAAUAAACACUUUUUGGUUCGAC